AUGCGGGCAACUACUAAGCUACCGAUGACGCAUGGAGGACAAAAAGUCCAAGCUUCGCAUACUGGCCAAGCACGUCAGGAUGCCAGCACAUGCGUGUCCGCCCAGACGAAGGAAAGGCUGAUUGCCAUCUGCCCAUCUUCGAGGCAGGCGGCGGUGCGCCAAAUUCUAGAGGAUGCGCCGGAAAAGGUCACUUGCAAGGAGUUUGUUCAAUGCAUAGAUGGGGUAUACAAUGAGAUAUCGCAAGUUACAAAUGUUACUGCGGAGGCUUCGGCCUCCUCGGCGGAUAUCGCAGACACCGUUCUAUCGGCUGUCGCCCCUACGGGCACCGAGAUCAAUGAGCUGGCAGCCCUCAUUUACAUCGCAGUAUACAGUGCCCGGGAGUCUUUGCGCACUUAUGGAGAACAAAGGCUGUUUCACUACGUAUUCGACCUCGAGGCGGACCUAAAGCUGCUGCCAAGGGUGGGAUGUGCGCGGCUUUUCAUAAUGGUACUUAUGAGGACGAAGAACCUCCUGGUCAGCACUAACGUGAGGGACAUCGAAUUGCGCAUCAACAACGCUGCCUCUGUAGCCAUAGAGAUACUAACGCGCGAUGAGGAGACGCCUCCCUCGGGAAGGAAAGACAAAAAUGACAUCUUCAAUAACAUCACGAAUCUGAAACUGGAGACCAGGAGUAUGAAGAAGUUGCUCAAUAAGGCGCAGUGGGAUGUCCUUUGCUCUGAUCUCCGGUUCUAUGCGCCGCAACCCCCUCCCAAGCAGCUCUCCAGAUUUGUAAGCAGCCUCAGACGCGCAUGCGAAUACGUGGCGUUCAAUACAGAUAUGGAUGAGCAGGCGGAUUACGUGCAUCUCAUAACCAGGAGCUUUCUAAACACGAAGUUCCAGGUGGAUCUUCUGCUGCACUUCGUCGAGAACAUCGCAUCGCAACACCACGUGCACACGACGCAUGGUAAUCACCGCGAACAGUUCGAAAAAGUCGUUCCGGGUUAUAGCAAGGCGCUGGUGGACUCCGUCGCCUGGGCCAUUGACACCGACGUGCUCUGUCGGUUACUUGCGCUGCUAUACAACAGGCUGCAUGUUGCACAGUUUAAGGUGCUCAUUCAACAAAUUUUGAGGGACGCAAGUCAGGCUGCAAAUGGCCACGUUCUCGCAAAGGCUAUAAUGUAUGCGCUCACCACAUUGUGGAUAAGGGACCACGACCUGCUCUCCAACCGAGAGGAUGUCAUACAGGUCAGACUUGCCACGCUCAAUCCCCUUUUCUGGUAUUGCUAUGAACUCUGUCUACAGCAGUUCGUUUCCAGCGAUGAACUCAUAAUGGAAAUACGGCAACUGGGAGGAGAAUCCAUCCACGGCAAGAAGUUUGGCAAACUCUUCGAAUUCAUGGGCGAAAUGGCUAAAUCUCUACGGGGCGAGUACAUCAUAUUGGCCAUUAUGGAAGUAAUGCGGUACGUCAGGUAUAACGUGCACGUGCUGUCGUUCAUGAUGAACCUCUUCCAUGCGAUACUCCUUGAUGUGUUCAAAAGUACGCAAGUCAACUUCAGCAAGGGUAUUCUGGAAAUCGUCUGUUUUUGCCGGCAGAAUUUCGAUUGGGGAUUCAUGACAAUGCUCAUUUAUAGUGUGGAUGCUAUAAUGAGCUCAGAAUUAGGACCUGAAAACGAAUAUGACGGUCGAAAAGAUGUGGCAAAGGACGUGCUGGCGGGAGGGUUUAUUGAUUACUUGCGCUGGAAGAUACAGCAGAUGCGAGAAUUCACGCCUGAAGGAGAUGUUGCACAAAAAAUAUUCGUACCGAGUUGCAACGUUGUCGCUGAGCUGUUCUGCAUACUGAACCACACCAUAGGAACGUGCGACGAACUCCUCGACCUGUUCCAGACAUACGAUACCGAGUACAAGGCGCUGAACCAUUACAAUGUGCUGUUGAUGCCGCUAUAUAAAGCGCUGGAAGUUCGGGCUAAUGCCGAGCUCUGCGAGACCGAUGAUACGGUAAAUGGGGUGCCAAAUCACACCCCGGUCACGCAAGCGGCCGACAGCAGGGAAACGGAGGGAGACACGAAAGGUGUAGAAGGGGACAUAUACGGCUACCUAAUGCUCAGCGAGGAUAUGGAGACUACAACUUCGCAGGUUGUUGACAUAAUUUUGUCGUGCAAGCUACAUCAAAACAUCCUUAAUGCAGUGUCUUUACUCAAUGCCGACGCCGAGUCGCUCCGAUCGCAAACAAUACUCGAUGUGCUGCUGCGCAAAUAUAUCAACAGGCUUGUCGCGGUCCUCAAUCUGUCUGUCCCUCCGGAUUUUUGCCUUCAUGCGGUAACGGCGUUCGAUGAAGAGGGCUUGGGAGUAGCGCCCCGGCUCACCAUGCUUGCGAAAUUCACCGGCCAGCUCUUGAAAAUGCGCCUUGGUCCCACGCAAUGUGACUCAGUGUACAUUCUGUUUCGCAUUAUAAUGGAAGCGUUCAGACGCAACAAGGUGUUUUUACUGGAGUUUGCUAUCGAGGCCUUCGGCGCAAUGGGAAACGUCCUCUGCUACCCAGCGUUUACAAGACUUCUCGUUAACGAAGAAAGGUUCUGCAAACUGUAUCCACAAUUCGUCUCACAAGUGAGGAAUGCGCUCAACGACGUAGAUGCGGAGGUUUUUGAGAUAAACCCGGACCAAAUUGGUUCUAUGGUUUUCGAAGAAACGCGUUGCUUAAAGAACGCCGUGGAUACAAAGGGUCGCGGAAAUACGGGGUUGAUGAUACUCAAGCAAAGCUCGGCGUCUGGACACGAAUUGGAACUCGACGCCGAUAGCAGCAGCGUUGCUCCGAGCAGCGCGAGUAUGGUGUUCUCAAUCGUCAACCUCGCGGCGAAUGUGCAGUACAAACAGGUUGCUAUUGACGCUACGUGGUACCAAGAGCAAAUAUCGUUGAACACCAACAACGUAACGCUGGAUGACCUGUUGGCUAUGCUCAACAUCGACUUCCAGGCGCCCACAAAUGCGCUAGAAAUCAUGUCUAUUAUGGAAAUAUCUCUGAGCAACAAAAACUUCAUUACGCACGUGGAGCAACUCGUCACCAAAGGAUACGUUGACUGGUUACUAUUCGUCAUAUACAGGUAUGUGCUCAUGCGAGGGUACACCCACUUCCGCGAUUGCAUCGUUUUCAUGGCGACAUUGGGCGGCACGCGCAUGGUGGACGCCAUGGUGAAGUUCACGGCGCACUGCCUCAACAUAUUUCUCAAAUACCUUCGGUCGUGCCGAGGAAACGCCGUAUAUCACAAAUUGUUGAGCGUCAGCUGCGGGUGGUUGGGAGCGAUUACGUUGGGACGCAACAAACCGCUGCUGACCAAACAUCUGGACCUCAAGUACCUCAUCAUCUAUGCCUACCAGAAUGGUCUGUUGGGCGUGAUCUUGCCGGCGGUAUGCAAGCUUAUGUUGAACGUCAAGUCGUCGAAGAUAUUUAAACUUCCAAACCCGUGGACAAGCUCACUGCUCAAUCUGCUGGCAGACAUUAACAUGUCGAGCGGGCUGAAGUCGACGCUUCAGUUCGACUUGUCGCUGCUAUUCAAGAACCUCGAUUUUGUGCCCGGACCCAGGUCCGUACACAGUGUCAUUAAGGAGGUGCCCAUAUCCGAUAUGGAUCGCAGUCCGAAGCUGGGAAGCAGCAUAUGGUCGACCGUUUCGCCGAAUGCAGGGGGGUUAGGCAUGCUCAAAUCGCAGUUAGAUUUCCAGGUACCACCUGUCACACAAGAGGUCAGAACGCUCCUCCAACGGAAAAUCGUGCUCAACCCCAAGGUGUCGUCUUUGAACACGAAGUGGCCGUGGGUUGAUAUGAUAUUGAGUGCCAUCGAAUCCUGCUACAUGGAAUCUUCUGAGCUCAUUAAAAGAACCAUGAUGACAUGCAUAGCCACUACGAGGAGCAUAUUCAUUACGGACUUUGCGACGAGGAAGCGUGAACUCAUGGAGAUUAACCCAGAAGUUUUGAAAAUGAGUGCCACGGCAAUGGCUAGUGGGCUAACGACAAGCUUGAUCAUGGCAAACGGCAGGGAGCAGCUGUGCAACCUAAUGAGCCUCAGACUGCACAUGCAGAUACUUUCGGUCCUCUCCAUGGAACCCUCAAAUGGGGAUAACGCGCUUACAAAUAAUCUCGAACAGGUGAGUGGGUGCCUUGCCAAGGAUAACCUGGGCCUCGUAUGCGCACUGGUUGAGCAGGCCACGCUUGAGCUGAUAACAGGAUAUAUAGCGGCUUCUAUCGGUGAGUGGGUCACUGCCAUAGGGAAGGAGAGCAUGAGUUUGCCUCCAGACCCAAUGAUCGGUCUCCAGGCUAACAACGGCUUGGAGGCUUACAAGCGAUUUGGGGGGUUGGUGCCCUUCACCAUGACGCGUUUGCAAAAAGAAAAGCAACAUGGGUCGCCGCAACAGGGGCCCUAUGGCGGCAUGAUGGGCGGACAACUUCCAAAUUUCAAUAUUGGCUCUUGCAGCCCACCAACCACGGAUGCUGCAGGUUCUCUGUACGGGGUUACGCCUAGGGGAGCGGUUCCUGGAUAUAGGUUGCCGGAUUUCAUGAUUAUCCCGCCCAUAGACAACCUGCCGACGUCACUGAUAUCUUGUAAAGUCGAUGAAUUCGAACACCGCGUUAAGGAAGCUGCCAAGCAUAUCUUGAUGCACCCGCCUACCAUACCGCUGCUGAAUAGCAAGUACAUGUAUACGACGGACUCUUCAACCUUGCUGCUGCUGUCGUGUCUCCCCCGGAAUCACACGUUGUUCACGUUACUCUGGUCGAUGGACUACAUGUUUCAGCACGCGGCAAACCAGGCUGAAUGUGUGGAGGCACUCAUCAAAAAGGUGUUGAAGACUUCCAAGGAAAAUACGAAGGGCCUUGAUGUUGUAUCAAUUAUGCAGGAAGUCGAGUACUCGCUGCUGGAGAUGCUCAGUGUCGGAUGCCCACUGCUGAUUGAAAUUGUCACCAACCUCAUUCCAACACUCGGCCCUGCCAGGUUGUGUCAGUUUGUCAGGCACCGGAUACUCAAGAUUCCAACUGUUGAUAGGUUCAUUAGCACUGGCAUGGAUACGGAGACCCUGUGCAGAACACUGCAUAAGCUCGUAUUGGACGGUCAGUGGCUAGGAGCCGGCGAUCUGCCGAUGAGCAUGAACAAGUUGGCGUCUCUUGAUCCGUCUGGGAUGGUGACAAUCCACUUAUCGGCAGGUCCCGUUACGCUGGACCACGGUGAAUUACAUCGAAGAUUGAUGUCGCAUUCUGCACUCACGGCGUUCGGUACAGAGGUGGAUAAUAGGGGCAUUAUCGCACACUACGCAACAGGAAAGGACAGAAUGAUGGCUCCAGGCAUGAUGUCUGUUGCAUCUGGGUCCGGACUAACUUUGCAGCCUGGUCUUCAGACGGCGGCUGGUAUGUCGAGCGGCCUUAGAUCUGGUAAUCCGGAGUCGCGUUUGCGUUCCCUACGGCAGCUGGUGCUUGAUAAGUCAAUUAUCAGGAACAAGAUGGUGAUAAAACUGUGCGAAAUACCAGGGAAGGAAAGGUAUCUUCAGAUAUUCAAGGAAUACCUGAUGAUCAUGGAGAGUGAUCCGACGCCAUUCUAUCAGAAUUUCAACGAGCACCCUCCCGAUGCGUUCCUGACCUGUACGCUGCUGUGCGCUUUACAGAUGACAUUCGAACCCCAAGGAACAGAAAUGAAGGGUGACAGGCUGCCGCAAAUCUGUCACGACUCGCCCGUCUGGACGUACUGUGACGGAUGGUCCACUAUGGUUGCUGGACUCUCACGCAAUGAGAGUUUUAUGCUGCACAAGGCGUUGCACCUGAUGCUCGGGAUGAUGCAACACGGGGUGGGCUUCAUAUGUUUCGAAAGGAUGUUGAUCGGGCUAAUCAAUGAGCUGGAGAACGAUCUGGUGCCGCUCAUAUCUAUCGGACACUUCCUCACUCUCUGCGGGCCUUCGGAAAUACCCGAAUUCGGUUCACACUGGAUCAACAUCAUCACUCGCAAGCAGUUCGCGCAGCAGAUCAUACAGAACCCGAACGAGUGGCCCCUAUAUCACCACCUGCUUGUCGAGGCGCUCACAUCUCCACACUCCAAGACACCGUGUAUCAGCUUCAUUCUGGUCACACUCAUGCAGAAGGUGCCUGAAUUCCUAUGUGGUUAUUAUCUGAGCUUGUGUGACGUGGUGCCUCCACGAGCGAUGCAACUGCGAAACCUGCUAACGUCCGCCGUGCCCAGGAGCCUAAAACUCCCCAACCCAAUCAGUAUGGAUGACCACAUGGACAUACCGUCGCUCAACUUCACGAACCACAUCAUCACUGUUGUGAAAGCGGGGGGCCUAAAGGUGGCCACCGACAUGUUCGUGCAUGAUCCAAGCGAAGCAUUGUUGCCGGUGGCGAGACACAUGCUGCUCAGCUGCAUGACCAACCACCUGCGUUACCCGAAUGUCACCACGUUCGCUUUUAUCGCAUUCAUGCUCCGGCUAUUCAAAAACGGCGACCAACCGAUGCAGGAGCAGAUCACCCUCGCCAUCCUUGAGCGAUUGCUCAUAAGCCGACCGCACCCCUGGGGCGUCCUGCACCUGCUCUUCCAGCUGGUCAAGGACCCGAAGUACGACUUCUGGAAUCGCAUCCAGGCGGCUCCAGAGGUGGAGAAGCACAUUCGCAGAAUCAUACAGAGCUGCCUGAACACGAAGCCUGGACAGCACUCCAAGCCCAGCAGCGCCAGCGAACUCGUCAAUUAG